CUCUCAGUGCUAUAAUGCCGCACACACACACGCAGACUGUCUCCUCAUGAUUUAGGAGCCAGUUGCACAUUGUAUUGGCAGCUUUAGGACCCGGCGGUUCAGCGAUGGCCGCAGUCCCUCCCCUUCCCCAGCUGCAGUGUGUCAGUGCGCCCUCCUCUCCCCAUCCCUCUCCUUCCCUCCCUCAGUCCGCUGCCUUCUCUCUCCAUCCCCCGGCACUCAGCGAGCCUGCAGCCGGCAUGGCCUCCGUUAGCUUCAAACCCCACCGCCCGGAGCUGCUGGCAGCCUAUCAGGAUGUCAUAGAGGAGCAGAACUCCAUUGACUGGGCACUUUAUACUUAUGAAGACAACUCCGAUAUCCUCACCUUGGCAUCAUCAGGAGGAGGGGGAUUACAUGAUCUCGCCAGCCGUUUUGAGAACCAGAAGGUUAUGUACGGAUUCUGCAGUGUGAAGGAGCCUCACGCUAUGUUGGCUAGAUAUGUUCUCAUCAACUGGGUUGGUGAAGAUGUCCCAGAUGCGAGGAAGUGUGCCUGUGCCAGCCAUGUAGCUCAAAUUGCAGACUUUUUCCAGGGCGUGGAUGUAAUCGUAAAUGCCAGCAAUGUCGAUGACAUAGACCCUAUGGCUAUAGGCCAGCGUCUAUCCAAUGGCUCUGGGCGCUUGUCUAGCCCCGUCCUUCAGCGGCUGCAGAUCAAAGACGAAGGACAAGCUGAUCCUGUGGGAACCAAUUACCAGAAGACAAAUGCAGCCGUGGAAAUGAAACGAAUCAAUAGGGAACAGUUUUGGGAGCAGGCAAAGAAAGAGGAAGAGGAGCGGAAGGAGGAGGAGAGACAGAAGGCCUUGGAAGAAAGGCUUCGUUUUGAGCAGGAACGCAUGGAACAGGAGCGCAAAGAGCAGGAGGAAAGAGAGAAGCGUUACCAGGAGAGAGAACAGCAGAUAGAGGAACACAGAAAGAAGCUGCAAGAUGAAGAGGAAGAGGAGGCAAAAAAAAGGCAGAGCAACUCCAUAUUUAACUGUUUGUUUAUACCUUGCCAGAUGGAUCAGAGAGAAGAUGAAGAGGCUACAGAACUAAAGAGGACAGAGAGUGAAGUGGAGGAAGCUGCAGCCAUCAUUGCCCAGCGCACAGAAAAUCCACGGGAAUUCUUCAAACAGCAGGAAAGGGCUUAUUCAGAGUGCGGCUACACAUUGCAGACACCUCGAACAGGUGACUGGGACCAGAUGGACUUGAUGGGGUCCCCUACCGCAGUCAGAAGCUCCUCUGAAGCUGGACCUCCUUGCUCACCUCUACCAGAACCAGAACGUCGUAGUAGCCUGGGUGAAGAGUGGACCAAGACUCUGAGGUCUGAGCAGCCACUGGAGGAUAGUGCUUGGACCCCUCAGGGACUCACAGAAGAUGUGUUCAUGGAGACAAAAGAGGAAGAUGUGGGAUUUCCAGAGGCUCCUCAGUUAACAGGGAAUGAAGAGGAAGCUGUUAUGGAUCUCGGAGAGGUAGACCUGAUGUCAGAUGCUCAUCCUCCCCCAGCACAAGAGGCCACUAAUCUACUGGAUCUCUGGCAAAAUGACGAGCCUCAGGACUCUACUUGGUCUGACAGGAAUUUGAUAACCUCUCAAGAGGAGGUCAGUGUAGAGAAAAAGACCUUUGUGGAAACAGAGACAUGUCCUUCUGUUCCCGAGGAUAACCUCCUAAACUUUGAGGAGCUACCACAACCACCUGCGACCUUCUGCGACAUGGAGGCUGAGGAAGAUCCACAGAGCAUCAUCCAUAUUGAGGGUCCACACCAGAUGACUCUAAGUUACCAACAUGCACUGCAGGAAGCCUCCUGCCAUCAGCCAGAGCUGACAGACUCUCUUCUCACCAACGGGGAGACGUCACAGAGAGAAGGAACACAGGUGACCUCCAGUGUGACAAAAGACACAGCAAGUGAAGGAUAUUUCAGCCAGUCACAAGAUGAGGACUUUGCUCAGUCAGAAGAUUUGUCUGCCAAAGCUCCACUUCCAGUCUUCUACAACAAGCCACCAGAGAUUGACAUCACAUGCUGGGACUCUGACCCUGUGAUGGAAGAAGAGGAAGAGGAGGAGGAAGGAGGUGGCUUUGGUGAAAGUGCAUAAGGAAGUUCUCCUUUUAUAGACGUAUUCCAAAACACGUGACAAAAGAGAAAUAUGUGACACAGCAGUGUAACAGCAAAGUAUUGUAGUAAUGGCUGAGGCCUGUGCCUUUGCCUGAGCCGUGCUAGUAAGACCCUGUCUUCCCUCCCCUUGCCUCUUGCAGUUGCCUGACAUUUUUUAGGGUGUGGAGGCAAGGAGGGGGUAUUUUUACUCCCCCCGCUUCCAGUUAUUCUUUUCUAUAUAACCUAACGGGCCAGUUCUAUUCACACUGGCUGCUAUGUGCUGUUCUGUUUGACAGGAUCUCUGAUUGCAUUUCCCCCUUCUAGGUUGAGCAGAACUCCUAUGUUAGAGCUGGGAGACGUGCACUAGUGCCUGGAUGGAAUCAGUGUUAUAACCGCUUGCAUUUUUCCCUUUGUUUUUUUUCUUUUGAAACAAGCUUUUGCCAACUGCCUUUUCUUCUUAGAUGAAAAAAAGCAGAGAGGUGUAAUUUUUGUAGAUCUGUGUAAUAUGUCCCCCGCAUCUCUCUUUUUGUUUGUCUGUUCUAAAGAAAAAAAAAACAAAACAAAACUUAAGGCAAUAAAUAUCCCAGUUACCCCUGCGUGAUCCGACACAGCAGGGGCAUGUAUUCUCCAUUGUAGCACUCCCCCCCCCCCCCCCCUUCAUAUUAUUAAUUUGCUUUAUGCUUCUAUUUAUUCCCUGAAUUUGGGGGUGACAUGCCUUGUUAUUGGAUCACAAGCUCCUGGUGGCUGGCUUUAGGGAGAGAGGGAAGUUGUGUACAGACAGUUUUCUUCUGUUUCCCCCUCCCUGUGGCACCUGAAGACCUGCCCUUUUCUUAAUUGCUACGAAAGCUUCCUUUCCUUUUUCAUGUUUAGUAAAGUUCUGAAAGCACAACACUGUACAGACCGUGCUCGUGUGUUAAUAAAGGAGUCUGGAUCCAACCAA